CUCACACUCUACUUUAUUCCCCACGAUCUACUCGUUUUCGCCCAAUCUGCCUCUGCACAGGCUAUCUCCGCGCGUGUGGCGCGAAGAAGCGAGAGCAGGAUGGCGACGAGAUCGCUGCGGCAAAGAUCCAGCCGCUACUCGAGUCCCGCCACCUUUGGAGACAGAGAACCUGCUGUAAAGACAGUCGAGAUUCCGGAGAUCAGGAAUGGCUUGCAGACCAGUUUGGAUACAUGGAUCGAACCCGCGGUCCGGCCUGCAGUCCCGAGUUAUCAAGAUACAAAAGGUCUGGAAAAGGGUGGUGUUUUGGAAAACAUGCAGCCAUUGGGAAUCCCGCCUUCUCAAAAGCUGUUGCAGAAACUCAAGUUGACGCCUUAUGUCCGUCCUUCACUUCAACCCACCUCCGUCCACGUCGACAAUACUCACACACCAACCCCCGAUCUGGACAAAUCCGACGUGCCGGCCGCCCCCAGAGAGCCAGAGAUCUCAUCACAGCUACCCCCUGAUCCGCCUCGUUUACCCGAUACAAUUGUCAUUUCCAGUCCGCCGCGUGGUCGUCCAUCUAUGAAAGAAGUUGCAAGCAUGCCACAAGCCCCCAAUUACUCUCCUUCGUCAGUCAGAUCUAGCUUUACUACCCCUGGCAACCAUGCCUCACCCAAGCCAGUCUCCAUACAAGAGCAUAUUCGCCAGGACCGCCUAAACAGCCAUGUCGAACACGCCGUCCAACAAGCGCAAGACAAAGGCUCUCUCAACCUUGUCAUGGGCUUGCGGAGACUGCGGGAUGAUGCUCAAGUUAUCCCCGAUCUGUGGAAUGUCCUCGAAGCUGUUAUCUCACAAUCUCCCACUGAUCAACAGUUCAAAAUCUUCAAACGCUACAUCAAGUCCGGCGUCAAAUCUUUUCGUCGCCAGAGUCAUGUUUCCUUGAGUCCCGAACAGACUCCCGCCGCCCAUGAUUCUACCCAUGCAGACAUCACCUCUGGCCCUCGAUUGUAUUUUGGGGCCCCUGAUCCAAAUGACCAGGACUAUCGUGAGUCCUAUGUGGCACCCCUCUUCCGAGCUACUCGCCAGAGUCAAGACCACAACUGGACCUCAGCAUCGACUGUCGGUCAACUUCCCGCACCAGUCGAACCUGUUUUGAGAACUUCCGCUCGGAAACCUAAUUCUUCGUCAAACAAGCGAAAGAGAUCGCGGAGCGUUUCCAGCGUAUCUUCCUUGUCUUCGGCCCAGUCAUUGACCAUGCCUGACGAGUUUGGCACCGCUACUGAUCACGGCCGCUCGAAUGGCAUUCACCACAGUGCCACAAGGUCACGAUCAAACGGAACAAGACUUAGCAGACAUCAAUCUGGAGCGUCGAGUAGGCUACGCUCGUCCGCAAACCCUACUACUCACGUGUCGCUUCCCAAUCCAACAGGGUCGGAAGCCCAUUCUUCAUCGAAAGCGACGUCCAAAAAGGCGCGCAGGUCCCAAGUCGAGCCUGAAUACGAAAUUGAUGAACUUUCGAAACGCAAAGCCCGUUAUCUGGGUGAAAGUUUCCAUGACUACAACACAUUUCCCCACCAGGAGAGCCACAUGAGAGAUCCGGUUGAUGGUGGCUCGAUUGAUCCCUUUCCCGAUCUCCUCGCACCUCCUCCACCAGUGCUUCAUGACGACUAUCUGCAUACGUCACAAUCCGCUCUCACACUCGGAGCCGCGCUGGAGAACGGAAACGACACGUUGGUGAUCGGGGGGCCUCCUCGCAGGAGGUUACGAAAAGAUUCGUUUUCUGACCCUGCAGAUGCCCCUACUCCUUUCUCCAGGUCAUCUCCUGGUCCAGGGCAGCCUGCACCUGCUCCUGGCGUUACUCACAUCUCGUCACGAGGUACUACACCACGGGCGACCAGAUUCCAAGCUCCUACCCGAGGAGCAAGACGUUCAGCCCGAGUUUUCAUUUCGCCGAACAAACCUAAGAACGGCGGCAUUACUGCCGGAAUUUCUCGUGCGGGGGCUGGACGCGACCCUGGAACCAGCCACGGAGCAGAAUCAGGCACAGAGGACAAUGAUGAGCUUUGUUACUCGUGCAGUGGAGAAGGCAUCCUGCUAUGCUGUGAUGGCUGCACCAAUUCCUUUCAUCAUGCUUGCCUCGAGCCACCUCUCAAUCCCGAUCAUGAGGUCGAGGGCUCGUGGUAUUGUCCAUCCUGUGCUGCGAAUCGCGCUCCCGAGGAAGCAACCCCUACUGGCAUUCUUGGCCUGGUUCUUGGUCAAAUCGACAAAACCAUUCCCAAGGCUUUCACUCUCCCACUCGAUGUGCGCGACUAUUUUGAAGGUGUCCGUACCGGCCAAGAGGGCGAGUAUGAAGAAGUCGCGCUUCCUCGGACUCAGAACAACCUCACCAAGAUGAACCGAGCUGGCUUCAUCGAAGAACCCAAUUACAAGGAGCUGCGCGAUAGCAAGGGCAAGCUCAUCAUGUGUUAUCUCUGUGGACACACAUCACAAGGUCGUGAUAUCAUUCCUUGUGACUUUUGCCCGGCAAGAUGGCAUCUAGACUGCGUUAGUCCUCCAUUGGCUAUCCCGCCAAGACGCCGUGGCGACAACAAACCCGGAUCGUCGUGGAAAUGUCCAUUGCAUGUUGAUCACGACGUUGCAUCAUUCAGCCGCCAGGCUGAAGCCGAACCUGGUUCCCUCGGGAGAGUACCCAAGCUUCGCCGCCCCAAGAAUGCCAUCCCAUUGGACGUACCAUUUCCUCGGGGAUUCAAAAAUAACGGCAUCAUCGAGGUAGAACUCAUGCCCGACCCUGUGACUUUUGACAGGACUAAGCAAGAGGUCAUGGAUGGCAAGAUCUACCGGGUGCCCGAAGAAGGUAUCCGACUUGAUUUUAUUGAUCGGGUCAAAAAGAGUUGGUACGAGGAUCAGUCUUUCCCCCGCCAGAUGAAUGCAGAAAAACACAUACGAAGCAAGAAGUAUCGUCCUGACAAUCUUGUUUUACACCAUCCACCCACGGAGUACGUGGUCAAGAUGAAGGAGCCCGAUUUUUGGACUGGCUCGCAGGCCCUUGCCAUUGCCGAAACGGCGCGGGCCAAUGCCAAUUUGCGCAGUCGAUCUUUUAGAGAACAACAAACUGUACUCAAUCUUGCCGAGAUGUCUCAACAAGGGAUCAAUGGUUUCUCCGGCGAUGCGCUUGCCGAACUCACUAAUUCACUGAUCAGCGAGGCGCCGCCUGAAGUUGCAGACUCCAUGGAGAUUUCGGAGUUGGAGCAACUCCUCCAGUUGCAAGAUCUAGUCAGCAAAAGACUUGCCCUCCUUGGUUAUGAUAACCGGUCGGCUGCCACGUCAUAUUCGGCGUCAUUUGAAGGCUCCAACGGUGAGCUAUCACCACGAUCAAUCCCACCGGUCCUGGCUGGCAAAGCCGUUGCUACCAACGGAGAGGAUGUGUCCGAAUACCCACCACUGGAGGAGCCGGACAAUGACAUGCAUGUCAGUCCUUGAUGGCCUGGAUUCUUUGUUUCAGCAGGUACACAUAAUUCUGACGAGGUGACGAGCUUACACUCCGUGGAUGGGGGACCAACGAGGCUACGAAAGUAGGUCCUCGACUCAGAUGCCACGGCAAACAUUCUCAGUGCUGCCAACAUGAGCUCGAGACCAUGGGAAAUAGGAUGAUUUGGAUGGGGAAUUCGUGGCCAUCUUCAAAGUUUAAUGAUUAGGAGAGACGAGACGUGUGAUUGAGGAUGAUGAUGACAUUGAGAUGCUUCUUCAUCUCUAUCUUUAAUUCUAGCAUCGUCCGCCAUCCGGACCAAGGCCACUUAGAAACUCCAUAUAGCGAGUAAGUGGGUGCAGAUAUAUGUAUGUACAAACAUGACCUGAUUUGCGUGUGCC